AGGGCGAGACGGAAAAGGAAGUUCCGCCUCUUCGAACGGCGACUUAGGGAAGAGUAAAAGCGGUUGUGGCCUUUGAGAAUUAGACGUGUUUUCGGCGGGUUAGAAUUGCUUCGAGCUUCGCAUUCGGCUAACGGAUUCUUCCGCGCCGUUUAACGGUCUUCUCUUGCAAAUUCGGCAUGACGUACCCGGCGUUCGGAGCGUAUGGUGCUUACCAUGGUCAGAUGCCAAUGCAAAUGGCAGUGGGCCAACCGGUCCCUAGAGGGGUACAAACUGUAGCCCAUGAUGGAUCUCCUGGAUAUUCUGUUUAUUCUGGUGCCUAUGCUGGUGCUGCUGUUGAUCCCUUGUGGGCAUUCUUCAGUGCUACUGCUGGACAGGAUGGUGAAGUAGAUGCAGAGGAAUUACAGAGAUGUCUAACACAGUCUGGAAUCAGUGGAACUUACUCUCCAUUCAGCUUGGAGACCUGCAGAAUUAUGAUAUCAAUGUUAGAUAGACACAAUACUGGAAAAAUGGGAUAUAAUGAAUUUAAAGAACUUUGGGCAGCUCUUAGUGCUUGGAAACACAAUUUCAUGUUGGUUGAUCAAGAUCGAAGUGGAACUGUGGAAUUUCAUGUACUGACUCAAGUUAUUGUAGCUAUGGGUUAUAGGCUAAGCCCACAGACUUUAAUUGCUAUUGUAAAACGUUACAGCAAGAAUGGCAGAAUUUUUUUUGAUGACUAUGUGGCUUGCUGUGUGAAGCUUCGUGCUUUAACAGAUUUCUUCAGGAGAAGAGACAGCAUGCAACAGGGCAUUGUGAAUCUUGUGUAUGACGAUUUCUUGCAGUGUACCAUGGCUAUCUGAGUGCCAGCUGGGGAAGAAAACUCCCAUAUAUAAUUUCACCUACAUAGGAAUUGCUGUGAAAGCAAGGCUGUCACUGAUUUUUCCAUAUUUCUGCCUGUUAAUGUAUCAUUUCUGACCUUUAAUGUGUAGUUUGAAAUAAAUAAGUAUACAGGUUGUACAUUAAUUCUUAGACGUGUCAUUCUUUAUACAUAUGGAUGAUAGUCUUUUUUCUAUUUUGGGUUAUGCUCUUAGGAUGGAUAAAAGGAAACAAUCACAUUUCAUGUAACGAUUAUAAACAGGGUAGGCUGCAUCUUUUGAAAUCAUAAAUGCAUAAGAAACCAGGAAGCCAUGAAUCAGUGGCUAUCAAAAGUAUGUAUAAACAUUUGUAUAUUUCUUCUGAAUGUUUGGUAAAUAAUUUGAAUGUAAACUAGAAGAACAUGUUCAUAGUGAAGAUUAUAUUUUAUGGUAGUGAAGCAUACUUUUCCAAGUGGUUUAUCCUCUUGACAUAAUCUUCAGAAGAAUUUAUGUAGAAUGGAGUUGUCAUUUUCCCCACAAAACCUCGAUCUCUAAGGCUUCUAGAAAGGUAAAAGGAGGGGGGAAGGGGGAUUGAACUUGGCUCAUCAUUAUCUCCUAGAAUUCCAAGAGCAGGUGAAGAAUCCAGGGAACAAAUGCCUGAGUUGAUGCUCCCCUAUGCUUUACUGUACGGUGGUUACUGCCUGAAAAUAGAAUCAGGGAUGUGGGAAGCUGUUAAAGCGAAGCACCUCCUCAUAUUGCCAGUUUAACAGCAUCAGCAGAUCUCUCCCUCUCCCCCAGCAGUAACCACUCUGCAAGUAGUAUUAGAUAAACUCGGCCUGUAGCAAAUCAUUCCUUUAUGUUUUUAAAAUUCAGCUGCUGCUGUUUUCUAUCUCUUUAUAAUUUGUACAUUGCAAUGAACGUCAAGAUUAGGCUAGCACUGUAGGUAAUGGUCUUGGCUUUCUAGCUUGGUUAUUCCCAUGUUCUGCAGAUAGAAACAUUUUCCUCCUGCUCAGGCAUCUCAUUAUACAUUGUGGAUAAAGCAUAAAAGCUUUGCUAUAGUGAGCUGUUGGGUAGGUUCUGCUGCCGGGGAGGAGGGGGGGGGGCGCUUCAUGAUUAACCUAGCCAGCGGGUGCAUUUGUUACGCAGUGCUCCCCGUGCUGCCAUUUCUUGGUAUAUUGAAUAGCAUGAUGCAGCUGCACAGGCUGAGCACUUGGUAAGAAGAGGAUAUAUUUGCAUUACAUCAGAGUUCAGUAUCACACCUGAAAUGUAAGAAGUCGUUUUGCUUGAAUAUCGCAGUAAGCUUCGCUCUUGCUAAGAAAGAUAGUUUUUAGUCUGAAAUCAAUAAUGCAUCUGUAAAACAUUUCAGUUAUUUGUGUCAUUCUGCAUCUCCCUAUAUAAUCAUGCCACUAUACUUAUCUCCUUUUAACAAUGGCUUUGUGUUAUCUGUGAGUUCCCGUAACUCAUAGUGGUGGUAUCAAAUCAAAGUUCUGAAAUCAUUGACACUACUCACGUGCAUAUCUUGUGUUCACCAUUGUCAAGUAAUAGCUGUAGAUUAUUUGCAAUCUUCUAUAGAGAUUUUUGUACCUUUUGAAAUGGAUACUGUUCUAACUGUAAAAAUGUUCUUGUUCUAUUUUCGGUGCCAUUCUAGGCAAUUGUUUGGAAAUAAAGUUGGAGCUUGCUUUGUA